AUGUCUCUCGCGGACGAAUUACUUGCCGACUUAGAGGAAGGUGGCGAAGAGCUAGAAACUAUAGAUGAAGAAGAUGAAAUGGCCAUUGCAGAUGUGACAGACGAUGGCAAUGAAACAGACCGGCGAGAUCCUUCGCUCACAUUGACCGUCAAAAGUGUGGCCAAACUGAAAGGCAGCGCUGAGCUAAACAGAAUAUUAGAAAGCAUCGAAGAAUAUUCAGCCAAACCGAAACGUACAGAAGUUGUCGGUCCAGUAGAAGCUGAUCCUGAGUACAAAUUAAUUGUUGAUGCCAACAAUAUGACAGUUGAGAUCGACAACGAAAUCAAUGUUAUCCAUCAGUUUAUCAAAGAUAUUUAUUCAAAAAGGUUUCCAGAGUUGGAGUCUUUGGUUCCUACACCGUUGGAAUAUAUUUGUACAGUCAAAGAAUUGGGCAAUAAUAUUCUGGAAAAAUCUAAGAAUAAUGAAACUCUCCAGGACAUACUAACCCCAGCAACAAUUAUGGUUGUCAGUGUUACAGCAUCGACUACUCAAGGUGUGGAGUUGUCAGAUAAAGACUUGAAUAUGGUCAUGGAAGGCUGCGACAUGGCAGUUGACCUAAAUAAAAGUAAAGACAGAAUAUUUGAAUAUGUUGAGUCACGAAUGACUUUAAUUGCUCCAAAUCUGACUAUUAUUGUUGGAGCAUCCAUCGCAGCUAAACUAAUGGGUACUGCAGGAGGAUUAACUAACCUCUCAAAGAUGCCAGCUUGUAAUGUUUUGCUGCUGGGAAGCCAGAAAAGGACACUGGCAGGGUUUUCGAGCACCGCUAUUCUUCCCCAUACUGGUUUUAUAUACAACAGUGAGCUUGUGCAAAAAAUGCCCCCUGACAUGAGACGCAAGACAUCAAGAGCAGUGGCAGCUAAGUGCACACUUGCAUCAAGAGUUGACAGCUUUCAUGAAAGCCUCGAUGGAACCAUAGGAGAUCGGCUCAGAGGUGAAUUAGAUGCAAAAAUGGAUAAGAUGACAGAGCCACCACCUGUUAAAUUCUCCAAGCCAUUGCCAGCACCUAUUGAGCAGUCAAAGAAGAAAAGAGGAGGAAGGAGAGCCAGAAAAAUGAAGGAAAGGCUUGGCUUAUCUGAGCUGAGAAAACAGGCCAACAGAAUGACCUUUGGUCAGAUAGAAGAAGAUGCCUACCAGGAUGAUCUGGGAUUUUCCAUGGGAACAAUGGGUCGGUCAAGCUCAGGAAAGAUCCGCGGCCCACCAGUGGAUGCAAAGACCAAGGCAAGGAUUUCAAAGACAUUGCAGCAGAAGUUGAACAAACAGAAUCAGACUUGGGGAGGCAGUACCACUGUGAAAAGACAGGUAGAAGGCACUGCUUCAAGUGUUGCAUUCACACCUCUCAAGAAUCUGGAGAUUUUCAACCCCCAUGCAGCAGAGACAAAAGUUCAGCAAGCGACACAGCGCUAUUUCUCUUCAACUGGCUCCUUUCUCAAGGUGAAAAAGGACGCCAUGGGCCCUCCUGCAGUACCCAAACCUCCAGUGUCGAAGUAA